AUGUCUUUUCAAGAUAGCGCUUGCGAUAUCCAUCUGAGCUCCAAGCUCGGAACUACCUCUCUAGUUGCUAUUUGCAACAAUGAUGAAGGAUCCGGUCUAGUCAACGAGGUUGAACUCGAUCGAUUUCUCGGAAACGAAGACGGUCACUUCAACUGGAACGGCAAAAGAUUCACUGAAAGUGCUCGCAACAUAGAACUACGCAGAGAAGGGCCAUCUCGAUUACCGGUUCUUCACGCCAAUCUUCAGAACAGUUCGGGGGAAUAUGUGGCUGAUGAGACCUGCCUGGCUGAGCAUAUCCGUAACAUGGAUGGCCAGCUUGAAAAUAUUGGGGCGUUCUGA